CUCGCGACGUCCUCCUCCAAAUCCCUAAAUUGCUUAACCCUAACGCUGACGAAUGGCUCGACCAAUGAGCGCAGCGACGAGAUCAACAGUGUCGACCUCCUCCUCUUCCUCCUCCGUCGCCUCGACGGUGACCGUGGAAAACCCUCCCUCUUCGUCGCAACCUCAGGAGACCCUCGUUCUCCAACUUCGCCCCAGGAAGAAGAAGGUGACCUGGAAAGAGGGGACUGUUGAUAACGAGUUCAUGAACAAGAAGAGUUCGAAGAAAUGCUGCAUCUUCCACAAAGAAAAGCCCUUCGAUGAAGACGACAGCGACGACGAUGAUCACAAUCAUCAUAGUCACCGGUCCUGUGGCCAUGAUCGCAAGGGUGAUUGUGGACCCAGCACCAGCUCCAAUGACUGAUUAAUUUAUUUGGUGACUGUUUUCGAUUGCCCUUUUUCUCUUGUAUGCGGUCUGGUCAAUCUAAGAACUUGAUAUUGUACUCCUUAUGAAUUUUUUUUUUUUUUUGGCAAGUGGAUAAAUUGGAAAUUACUAU